AUGCUGAAGGACAGCCAGAUGUACCUUUGUAUCUUCUUUUUGUUUGCAUUUGGGAUAUUGUAUGAGUUCUCCCUAGAACCUGGUUGCAUCUUUUCCUGCAAACCUGUUGCUAAACAACUCAUGAUGCCCCAAGAUGUCCUCUCCCAGGGGAGAAGUAUCAUCUUUCUGGAGACAACUGACCGUCUACAGCCUCCACCACUGGUUUUAUGCUCUGUGGAAUCUGCUGCUAGAAUCUAUUCAGACAGACCCAUCAUUUUUUUUAUGCAAGGGCUGGACAAUAGCACAAUGACAGAUUUCAAGUUGGCUUCCCCUUCACUGUCUUUCUUAUCAGCUAUGAAGAAUGUUUUCCUUUUCCCCCUGGAGAUAGACAUUUUGUUCCAGGACACACCUCUAUUCCUGUGGCACCAUCAGGUGAAUGCAACACAGGAGAAGAACUGGGUCUAUAUUAUCUCUGAUGCAAUCAGGCUUGCAAUGGUGUGGAAAUACGGUGGGAUUUAUAUGGACACCGAUGUCAUUUCCAUCCGACCCAUCCCAGUGGUCAACUUCUUGGCAGCCCAGUCUUCCCAGUUCUCCAGCAACGGGAUCCUUGGUUUCCAGCGCCAUCACUGGUUCCUCUGGGACUGCAUGGUAGAUUUUGUUCAGCACUACAAUGGAGCCAUCUGGGGAAAUCAGGGCCCUCACUUAAUCACAAGGAUGCUAAGGAGGCUGUGCAACCUCACCGAUUUCAAUAAUGUGGAGGAUCAGACCUGUCACAACAUUUCCUUCUUGCACCCCCAGCGCUUCUAUCCCAUCCCCUACAAACUGUGGCAUAAGUACUACGAAGUGUGGGAUUCAAAGCCAGACUUCAAUGAGUCCUAUGCUUUGCACCUGUGGAACUUCAUGAACAAGAAAGAGAAGAGAAAUGUGACCAUUGGGAGCAAUGCCCUAGUGGAAAACCUGUUCGGAACACAUUGCCCUACUACUUACCAGACUCUUAUUCAAGCUGCACAAGGAAGCAAACAGAUGUCUCAAAAUAAAACUAGCCCAUUGUGGUAA